AUGGCACAGAAUAGCCUCGCCGAGGGCGUCUUCGCCAUCAACAAGCCCUAUGGCAUGAGCUCAGCCCAGGUCAUCCGCGACUGUCAACACCACUUCAACCCGUCCAAGCUCUUCGCGCCCCUCCUAGCUGCCGACCGCGCCCUCCGUGAGAAGGAGGGCAAAUACCAAAAGCAACGCCGCACCCAUGCCAAGCGGGACAUCAACGUCAAGAUCGGCCACGGCGGUACCCUCGACCCAUUGGCCACCGGCGUUCUGAUCCUCGGCGUUGGCAAGGGCACCAAGGCCCUGCACGACUUCCUGGGCUGCACCAAGACCUACGAAACCGUCGUGGUCUUUGGCGCCAGCACCGACACCUACGACCGCGUUGGCAAGCUCAUCAAGAAGGGCGACUACAGCAACAUCACGCGCGAGCAGGUCGAGGAGGCGCUCAACUCCUUCCGCGGCAAGUUUCAGCAGAUGCCUCCUCUCUACUCGGCGCUCAAGAUGAACGGCAAGCCGCUAUACGAAUACGCGCGCGAGGGCAAGCCGAUCCCCCGCGAGAUCGAGACCCGCGAGGUCGACGUGACGGAACUCGAGCUGACCGAGUGGUACGAACCCGGCACGCACAACCACCGGUGGCCGACGGAGGAGGCCGAGCAGGCCGAGAAAAACGUGGUCAAGUCGGUGUGGCAGGUGGCCAAGAACCAGCAGGACGGCACGACCAGCACAGAGGAGGCCGCAACGUUAAUACCGGAGGUAGUGGAGAAGGAGGUCAAGGCGUUGGCGAACCACGAGAGCAACAAGCGCGCGGCCGAGGAACGGGUCGAUGAGCUGGUUUCCGAGGAGCCCGCGGGCAAGAAGAGAAAGACGGAGACCGGCGCUGCUGAGCCCAUGAUGUCGGGCGCUCUGAAAGAUAAGAAGGGCAAGGACAAGAAGCAGGACAAGUACGCCAAGAACAGGGGUAUGGAUCUUGCUCCUCCUCCGCCGUCGCCCGAUACCCCGUUCCCCUGGGAGGGCAAGGGUCCUCCGGCUGCCAAGAUCCGCAUGACCGUGACUUCGGGCUUCUACGUCCGCAGUCUGUGCCACGACUUGGGGGAAAAGCUUGGGUGCGGCGCUAUGAUGGCUGAACUGGUUAGAUCUAGGCAAGGCGAGUUUGUCCUGGGCACUGAUAACUGCAUGGAGUACUCCGACCUUGCCCUGGGUGAGGAAGUCUGGGCACCCAAGAUCCAGAAGGCUUUGGACCUGUGGAAUAACAAGGACAAGGCGGGCAAGGCCCAGGCUGUCGAGCCGGUAGUCAAGAAGGAGGAAGUCAAGACUGAGGAGGUUAAGGCCGAGGAGAUCAAGGCCGAAGACGCCAAGAUCGAGAAGCAGCCUACGCCGACACCAACACCGGAGCAGCCCGCAGGUGAGGUCAAAGUAGAAGAAUCCGCUUCUGUAAAGGAUGAGGCGAAGGCAUGA